AUGGAAUCAAACUCAAAAAGUGAGUUGAGAAACAACUUUAUUAAAAGUAUUGAGAAGACUAGACCUCUAAACUACUCUGAGAAGAGAAUCAUUUUAGAUCUAGAAGAGAUGGAGGAGAAGGUUGACCCCUAACUCGGUAUUUCUGCACUCCCACUCAAAGAUAAUAUCAUGGUAUGGCAUGCAAACAUUACUGGGCCUGAGGGAUCACCUUAUGAUGGGUCAAUUCUUCACUUAGAAAUCACUUUCCCUAAGGACUAUCCUAACAAUGCCCCAUAAAUUAAGCAGCUCCAUCCAUUCAGUUCACCUUUUUUCGACAACUAAGUUUUCUCCUCAGAAAUUACAGAAUCAGACUGGUGUUCUGGGUACUCUACUUUUUCAAUUCUGAUGUAGAUUCAGUGCUGCUUAUUUGACUUUGAAGAGAGAAAAGAGGAUAAAAUUAAGAAGGAAAUGAAAAAUGUGAAAGAUUUCAAAUGUAAUGGCUGCGAUCAUGAUAUGAAAGCUAAUAAGAUCUGGCCUCCAUUUACUUGCAUUCUUGAAGGUGGGCCUAAAACCUUUGCUUCUCUAACAGAAGAGGAAAAACUUAUCGAUGAAACAUUUUGUUUUCAUACUAGAUUAAAUGUUAAGCAAACAAUGCUAGGAACAGGUAUUGCCUUCUCUAAACUUGCCAGAACCAAGUAGAUCAAUUCAAUUUUUACUACUGUCGAUUUGGUAUCUUAAAAAGCUUUCAAAGAAGGACUUAGAAAAGCUUUGAAUAAGAAAAGAUUCUCCCAUUGGAUUCCUUUAUUCUUCGGAGAUUAAGUUACCAAUUAAGAAAAAUAGCUAGAAAAUUUCAGAAAAAGUUUAAGUCUUCUAGUAACUAACAGAUCUGACCAAUUCGAUGAGUCCUUGAUCCUAAAAACUCUUCCAUAUAUGAUGCUAACUCAUGCUAUCUAAGCUUUGGAGAACAUUGAGUUCUCUUCAAUCAAGGGUUUAAGAAUGUUCCUCAUGUUCCACAGAGCAUUCUUGUUUUUGCUUGAUCAUCAUCCAAACGUCAGACACGAUCUUGAAGUAAGGAUAAAGAAAUUCAUUGAGAGUGAGGAAUGUAGACAUAAGAAACACACAUCAGAUCUCGGAGUUUUAAUGGCCUGUCUUAGUGUUUCUGACAAUCACAAUAUAGAGUCUAUCAAGCAAGUUUUACUCUUUGAGUCAUUAGACAGAAAAGUAUUUUGGACAAUGCUCAAAGUACCAGAGUAUGCUAACAUCGAGUAAAAUCCACUAACUGCUCAAGGUCUGAAAGAUUCAUUCAACCUUAAUCAGAAGUCUUUCUAAUUGCAACUAUUAUUCCACUUCUUUGUCAGUCAGUUACUUGAGAGAGGUCAAGAUGUGAAAGAUUUUAAUGACAUCAAGUCAGAGUAUGAUAAGAGAUACUGCAGACUUGACCCUAAGAUCGAAGAAGCCUUCUAAAAGGAAAUCAAAGCAAUUCAAAAGGUCGACAGUUAUGAAGAGUUUUUCCAGAGACUUGGAUUCCCUUCAAUGAAGCAGGAGAAGCUAAAUCAAGUGUUGAGACAAGCAUUCAUUAACUCUAAAAAUAAGAAUUAUCAUGGUGGGAUCGAAAAUGCUUUUCCUCUUGAAGAUUCCGAUAAUAGAGUAGUCCAAAUAGUUAAUGAGGAAGGUCUUUUCAAAUUCAAUGAUUAAGAGGAUGCCAAAGAAUCUGAUGAGGACUUCAUUUCAUCAUAAUUCCAAUAAAGAUAUCCCUAAGUUCAGUAAUACAGAGUUUAACAAGAAAGACUUUUACCUGGUCAAAUUUCUGAUUUGAUUGCACUUCAAAGAACCUAAAAGGUAGAUGUUCAGAAACUUCUGAAAGACCCUCAUUUUGAAGUCAAGAUUGAUCAGUUUAUUCAAAAUAACAAGCAAUUACUUGCAAAACUUGAUACUGAAUAUGCCCUAUAUUUGAACUAAUUCAGCACUGAUAUCAAGCAAUUCUACGAGAAUGUUUUACCAAUCAUCAAGGAGAAUGAAGUUUAGUCUCUUGACUUAAGUUUGAAGGUAAUAAGUGCAAACAAGAUCAUGAUUAAGGAGUUAGGCUCACUCAAAAAGCUGUCCAUUAGAGCUAAUAUUGAAACCUAAGACUUUGCAAAAGAUUUGAUGUCUCUUAUAAAUGAAUCAGGUUCAUUCGAGCUCUAGGAGUUAAGCAUUGUAAAUACCGAACCAAAGAUGAAAAUAGCUUUAAGUGAGCACUUGACAGAUUUUAUCUCAACUUAGAAGAACACUCUUAAGACUCUUAGAAUUGAGUAUUUUGAAAUCGGUUCAGUCCAAGCUUUAGCUCUAUUGAAUUGCAAAGUCUCUAAUCUAGAAGUGUUAGAAAUUACUGACUGUCAAAUUCCAAUCGAGUCUACCAAGGCAAUACAGUAAACCGUAAAGCUUAAUUUAUCUCAACUGAGAUAACUAGAUUUAAGCAGAAAUACUCUAAAUGCCUCUAUCUGGCAUGUUCUUAAUGUUCUUCCAGAAUGCACAAAUCUUCAAAGUUUCUCAAUGUAAGGAACAGUAAUCGAAGAAAUUGAUUCAAAAAGAUUAGAGCGACGACUAGCAGAAAUAAUAAGUAAAACAUAACUUCAAAAGUUGAACAUGAAGGAAUCAAAGGCCUAAAUUACUCAAGGUCUUAUUUAAGCAAUAAGCUAAAGUGCUUUACUGGAUUAAUUAAACAUAUCUCAAUGCAAGUAUUAUCCAGGCUUCCUUUCUCAUUUGGGUAAAAUGAUAACUGAGAGAGCUGCGAUGAAAAAGCCUCUUAGAAUGCUAAGCCUCUCUGACAUUGAAACUACUGAGCUAUAUCAGGCAACUGAAGAAAAGGUAAUGAUAACUUCAGAAGAGGAAUCAAAAGCAAUAGAUGGAUUAUAAUUGCCUCAAGGUUUUAAUCUAUCCCUAGAAAAUAUUACUGAUACUAACAUUAAGGGGUUAAACUACGGAAUGAUUUCAGAGACUCAUAGCAUCUAAAUAAAAAAUUCCAAAGUUCCAUUGCCAUUAUCUUCACUUCUACAUAUCUUUGGCUAGUAGAGAAAGUUUAAAAUUAUCUAGCUCCAGGAUAGUUAACUUCCAGAUCAAAACAACUAUAAAUAUAAGCUCAUUAAGAAGAUAUGCUAGAAUCAGACCUAAGUAGAAUUCCUUAAUUUGAGCAAUCUCAAACUAGGAGUUAGAGAGGCAGCUUGUAUUAGAGAUCUUCUCAAGAAUUCUGAUAAAAUCAAGUCUCUUUAUCUCAAAGGAAAUUCCUUUGGAGUUGAGGGAGCUAGAAUUCUUGCUGAAGGACUCAAAGUCAACUCAAGUCUUGAUGUCCUCGAUCUUGGCCAUAAUAGAUUAAGAAAUAAAGGUUGCACAGCUAUUGCAAAAGCUAUCCUUGAAGAAGGCAGCCAGUCUCAGCUCAAAGUCUUAUUCUUGAAGAAUAAUUUUAUUGCAGACAAGAGCUUCAAAGAGAUCGUGAAGAUGAUUGCCGAAAGAUGUGGUCCUCUAGCAAAUCUUGCAAGUUUCUAACUUAAAGGACUAUUCCUAGCUGGAAACGACACUUCUCUAUUUGAGAUUAAGCGACUUCAAAAGAAUGUUCUAGAAAGAAGAGUUGAUUUGUUUGUCGACAGCUUCGACAGGAUAAAGAGAAACUUAGACGAAUGCCUUUUCAUCUCAGAUGUAAACAUUACAACUAUUAGCGAAGAUAAGAUCCUAAAGAAGUUGCAAUCAAACAUCAAAAAUGUAAUAGUAAAGGAGAUUAAAAUUGGCAGAGCAAAGAAGACUGCAAAGACUAAGGGGCACAGCAAGAACAACUUCAUGUUUGUUAACUUCGAUCAUUAGAAUGCGAUUCCGCAAGCUCUUAAGAUCGAUAGACAACUCAAUAACUGA